AGUUAUGUAGAGAACCAUUGCCUGGUCCUAGCACAGAUAUGUGAGGCUGGUGCUGCGACAGUGGUGUCCGCUGGAAACUAGCUGCCUGAAGCUGUUGCCCCACUGUACCUGGAUUACUAAGGAUAGAGUUUUCUCUGUAUCCCCCUAAGCCCCCAUUCGCGGCAGCAUCAUGACACUCGCACACACAGCUGCAGAGUACAUGCUCUCUGAUGCCCUGCUGCCUGACCGCAGGGGCUCUCGGCUCAAAGGACUGCGCCUGGAACUGCCCCUAGAUAAGAUGGUCAAGUUCGUUACUGUGGGCUUUCCCUUGCUGCUGAUGUCUCUGGCUUUCGCCCAGGAGUUCUCAUCAGGGUCUCCGAUCAGCUGCUUCUCUCCCAGCAACUUCAGUGUCAGGCAGGCUGCAUAUGUGGACAGCUCAUGCUGGGACUCACUGGCUCACCACAAGCAGGAUGAGGCUGGCCAGUACAAGGUGAAAUCUCUCUGGCCUCACAAGGCUCUCCCCUACUCUCUACUGGCCCUGGCUGUAGCCAUGUAUCUGCCAGUGCUGCUGUGGCAAUAUGCAGCUGUGCCCGCCCUCAGUUCAGACCUGCUGUUCAUCAUCAGUGAGCUGGACAAGUCAUACAACCGUUCCAUCCGCCUGGUGCAGCACAUGCUGAAGAUCCGGCAGAAGAGCUCUGACCCCCACGUCUUCUGGGAUGAGCUAGAGAAGGCCCGGAAGGAACGGUACUUUGAAUUCCCCUUGCUAGAGCGGUACCUGGCAUGCAAGCAGCGCUCUCAUUGGCUAGUGGCCACCUACCUCCUGAGGAACGCCCUCUUACUCCUCUUUACCUCAGCCACUUACCUGUACCUUGGCCACUUCCAUUUAGAUGUCUUCUUUCAAGAAGAAUUCAGCUGCUCCAUCAAGGCAGGGCUGCUACAUGAUGAGACCCAUGUGCCAGAGCUGAUCACAUGCAGGCUGACAUCCCUGUCUGUAUUCCAGAUUGUGAGUGUCUCCAGUGCAGCAAUAUACACCGUACUGGUCCCAGUGAUAAUAUACAACCUCACACGGCUAUGUCGGUGGGACAAACGACUCCUAUCCAUCUAUGAGAUGCUCCCAGCUUUUGAUCUCCUCAGUAGAAAGAUGCUAGGGUGCCCCAUCAACGACCUCAAUGUGAUCCUUCUUUUCCUCCGAGCUAAUAUCUCUGAGCUCAUCUCUUUUAGCUGGCUGAGUGUCUUAUGUGUGUUGAAGGAUACAACCACCCAGAAACACAACAUUGACACAGUGGUUGAUUUUAUGACCUUAUUGGCUGGCUUAGAACCCUCAAAACCUAAACAUCUCACCCAACAUACGUAUGAUGAACACCCAUAGUUUAAAAAGAGAAACAUAGAUAAGUUUUAUAGAAAAUAACUCUCCUUCUUCACAAGUUAUGCAGAGUAAAAGACAGAAGAAUAAUAAUGACACCCACAUAGAAUUGUUAAGAUUGGAUUCAGCUAAAAUAUCCUGUAUUUUUAAAAAGAUAAAAAUCAAUGCAUGAAAAUCCAGUGUGAAGUCUGGAAGUAAGGAGUCAAAGAACUGAAAAGUUCAGUCUAGAGCAUUCGGAGGACAGUAAUGCUAAAUGAACAAGUUAAAGUGAAGUGCAGACAUUGAACACAGAAAGAUUCUAAAGGAGGGAAAUUCUCACAAGGCCCACCCACUCUAAAAGUCAUGCUUGCCUCCCCACCAUGUAGAGCAACUUAGUAAGAUUAAUAAGGAUAUGAACCCCUGAAACACUUUGAUUUGGCCUGCCCACCUUGCUUUCUGGACAUUUUCAGCUUUGCCUGCCAAUGAGACAAGAAAUAAUGAUGGCUUUAACUUGUAAUCUGCUCUUGGGACCUAAGGACAGAGGCAAGGCCAUAAGUUGAAUCUCUGUGAGUCCAAUAUGCUUUUUUAUUAUAUAAACUGAGGAUUCUUUUCCAUAAGGGCUCAGAUUAUGGACUAUGAACACCUUCUAAAGUCUUAAUGAGACUAGGUGUAUUCUUAAUAAUCCAAAGGAUACUACACCUUCACUGACAGCCAACCAGUGAAGGCUAAUGGGUUAAGAGGCUUGCUGUCAAGCCUGAUGACCUGAUUUCAAUGCCUGGGACCCAAAUGAUGAAAGGAGAGAACUGAUUCUCCAGGUUAGCCUCUGAUUUCCACAUACAAAAAAAGUAAACAAAUAAGUGUUAAGCAAGAUAAACAUGAAAGUCACAUCAAUCCACUCUGUACAUUCUCCAUUCACUACUUCCUCCUUGCGUCUAAUUGUCAAAGCUUUGCUUUGAUUCAAAAGACAGUGCUUUACCCCCGGUACCCUGGUGACUCGUAAUAAAUAUUUUUUACACUGUA